AUCAAAUGAAAUCAAAUCCAAAUGAACGUAAUAAAAAAAAUAUCAUUCAAAAUCAUCAUUUAAAAGUCAAUUCUACUAGCUAACAUAGGGAAACAACUCAAAAUUUGCAACUUUCUCAUUCGUUUCUGAACAAUCAAGAGGGCCUUUACCAGGUGGUGUGGUGAAAAAUUAUUUGUUUUAUUAUUAUUCGGAGAUCCAACAGCUGUUAAUAUGUCCAUAGGUUUCAUAAAUGUGAUACAAAAAGCCAAUUACAGGUUCUCACCAGUAAAUACAAAUAAUUGGUGGCUAUCACUAUACCUACAUUUUAACGUCAACGCCAGGUCAAUUAUUUUUUUAUUUGCAAAUAACUAAAGAAGAUUGCGAAGAAAAAGGAAAAACGCAGCACAACGAAAUUUAAAUUUCAUAAUUUCAUUUAAAUAAAUAAUUAUUUGGAUACAACCUUACACAAAAGUAGAUUUGAACGCAUUUUAGAGCGGGUCCUCACUAGCGUCUCCCGACCGUCGGCGUCUAGCUCUAUGGCUGCUGCUCGACGCAACUGCGCAGCGACGCUAUUUUCCAUAGCGCUGACUAGACGCCGACGCUCAAAAGACGCUAGUGUGGGGUGGUCUUUAUAAGUCAUAAUGUCAUAAAUAGCAAUAGGUGGCAGGUUUUAAAAUCGAAAUUAAAAGCAUCCAUGGCGAUGAAAGGCACCCAUUUCUAUCGAGGUGGUUUGGCCAAUAGUCCGAGACUGAAACGGUGUCUUUCACCCUAGUUAAAUACUACUUUUCAUUUCAAGCACGUGGAACGAAAAAUACAUGGCACUGAAAAAACCUGGCUAAGAAACGCGGUAGUUAUCUUUUAUACUUUCAAAUCUUUCAAUCGACAAUUUAGGAACAAUAUCGUUAUUUAUGAAAUGGGGAGUUAAUUAUCAGAAUGGAAUUUGUACAACAAAUCCAUUUCAAACAACCAUUUUAAUUGCUUAUCGUAAAAAAGAAAAACUAGUUUUAAUGUUUUGGUGCCAAUUUCUAUAAAGCUAUCCUGCUACGCCAAUUUGCUUACAAUAAAAUUAUGACAUAUUGUUUUGCGAAGUAUGUUCUUUUUUUGUUUAUAUACGUAUAACUUAGGCGUUUGGGUCAGAGUGAGGUUCCACGUAUUUGGAAUGAUGCAAUCGCUAUUUCAAUAUCACAUUAAAUCGAGAACGCCAAUAUAAUGCUUGUCGCUGUUGAUGUAAAAUGGGUUUGUUUCGACUCGCACUGCAAGUAUGCACAAUCGCAUGUGUUUCUAUUGCAAUAGAUGGCCAUGUGCUGCUCGCAGUCAACGUGGAAGAUUUCAGAAAUCUAGCCAACAGAUUCUUAUCAAAAGACCUAGCAGAUAAAUUAACUAAUCUUGUAUCUGAAAUCUCCCUAGGGAGAAUGAAAGAGAACAAACAAAGAGUAGAAAAUGAACUGCCAGAUGUCGAUAUCAUCAAAGAGAAACAUAUAAAAGAGUCUGCAAGAACUAAUCAAUACCCAACUAUAACAAUAGAAGCGGUUACCCACAACUAUAAGCAUAAAAGAUUCAACACUGUUAAAAAUUCUGACAGUAAGGAAUUAUUGAGACAAGCCAUUUACAAUACCCCACCAGGACCAGUAUAUAUAAGAGAUGAGAUAGAUGAUCUAUUACUCAAUAUUAAUGAAGGGAAUUCAGACAAUGAUAACGAUAGAAAAAAAGGUUAUCAUCCUGAAAGGCUAGAUGACAGAGAGUAUAAUAUAGUUUCAAAACAAGCUACUAGACCAUUUAAUCUGAUUAACAUAUCAAGAGACACACAUAAAGAAAUUGAUUACACAGAAACCAAACUAGGCGAAUGGAAGUACAACCACGAUAUAACUAAGGAACCACCUGAGAUCAAAAAUAUUAAAACUGGAAAUGCAGACAAGGAUAUAAAUGAUGAAGGUAGCACAGAUUAUGAUAAAGCUAAAAUGCAUGACUUAGCUGAUAAUUCAGGCAAUGAAAAAAAUGUGCAAUAUGUGGAUGAAACUCGAUUAUUAGGACGUAAGUACCUAUAUGAUCAUAUUUUUUAAUCUAGAUUUUAUAAAUAAAUUAAAACACAACAUUCUUAUUCUAGGUUUCAAAAACAAAUACAAUGACGACGUAAAAGUUAAGGAUCAUCAAAUAGAUAAAGAACAAUUUGAUCAACACAAUACAAAACCAAAAGACAACUUCUUAAGAAAACCUCACAAAGAAUCAAUAGAUAAUAUUCGUAUGCCUAAAAAACAAUUAUAUGUUGCUCAAACUAAAAUCAGUACAACUAAAGAUGACAGUCAUGUAUUUGAAGAGCACAUCUUGGCAAAGAAAAACAUAAUCAACCACGAAAAUACUCCUCUAAAACUAGAUGAAGCCACUAUAUCACAAAAUAUUAAAGAAGUUAAACAAGAACCUAAAAAAUCAAAGAAUUUCUUAAAUGAUUUCCUUAAAGACAGUACAGAAGCAAAACAACACGAGUCAAAAGAGAAAGAAACUCAACAAAUACCACCUCCAAUGCAACCUAUAGAAAACAACGACAUGUACCAAAAAUAUGCACUAGGCUCUCAAAUAAGAAUUAAUAACAAAAAAGGAACCCAUCCGUCAGUGGAGGACAGUAAAGAAAAACACAAUCAAGAAAAGAAAAAAAAAGAAAAUGCAGAUGACUAUAAAAAUGUAGGUGACCAGUCCGGCAAUAAUGAACAGUUAUAUUCAAAAAAGGUGCCACCGAAACGAAUUGCUACCCAUCGCCUCCCACAUCAUGACAAAGACAAAUCUGAGAUCGAUAAAUCAAAACAAGGACACAAUCGGGAAACGAAACAAAUACAAAAUGAACAUGACAAUAAUAAUAAAGGUGAUCAGUCCGGCAAUAAGGAAAAGUUAUUAUUAAGGAACAAGA